UCAACUGCAAUGUUUAUAAUUAUAUAUAUAUAUUAGUUUUCCUUCUGUUUGUUGCCUUUAUAUAUAAUCACCAUUUUCACACGCAAGGAUCACAGCUUAGCCCAGUUUAAUGCAGCUCAAUUUGCUCUGUGACUCCAGCUCAUCUCUCUCUCUCCCUCUCUGAGAAGAGAGAUAGGAGUAAAUGAAACAAAGUUAGAGACAAAGUCUACCAUUAUUGCUCCACCAAUAUCUUCGCAGAGUUCCCCCCGUAUUAGUGUAUCUUCCAGAGAGAGAGAGAGAGAGAGAGAGAGAGAGAGAGAGAGAUCAGGUUGCAGGUAGCCAUGUCUGCCUGGAGAAGGUCUCUGAUUUUCUUGAGCUUCCUCUUCUGUUCAGCCACCACCAUUGUUGCUGUAACUAAGCCACAAGAGAUGGACAGAAUUGCAGCCCUUCCCGGCCAGCCGGCGGUGACGUUUUCCCAGUUUUCUGGCUACAUUACCGUCCACAGGCAACAAGGCCGGGCCCUCUUUUACUGGUUCACAGAAGCUGCCGCCGAGCCGGAGAGGAAGCCUCUCGUUCUUUGGCUCAAUGGAGGACCAGGGUGUUCAUCCAUAGCUUAUGGAGCAUCAGAGGAAAUAGGACCAUUUCGGAUCAACAAAACUGGUUCAUCUCUCUAUCUCAGCAGCUACUCUUGGAAUCAAGAGGCAAAUCUUCUUUUCCUGGAGUCUCCCGCCGGCGUCGGUUUCUCGUACACAAAUACAAGCUCCAACCUCCUGGAUUCCGGCGACAAGAGAACCGCUCAAGAUGCUCUAGUUUUUCUCGUCAGAUGGUUCUCAAGGUUCCCUCAAUACAAGCACAGAGACUUCUACAUUGCCGGGGAGAGCUAUGCCGGGCAUUAUGUUCCUCAGCUGGCCAAGAAAAUUCAUGAUUAUAACAAAGCCUAUUCUCAUCCAAUCAUCAACCUCAAAGGAUUCAUCGUGGGGAAUGCAGUAACAGACACCUACUACGACAACGUAGGAACAGUGACAUUCUGGUGGAGCCAUUCCAUGAUCUCCGACAGAUCCUACAAUUCCAUCCUCAAAAACUGCAACUUCACAGCCGACAAAUACUCCCAGCGCUGCGACGACGCUUUGAACUAUGCCAUGAACCAUGAGUUCGGCGACAUCGAUCAGUACAGCAUCUACACCCCUACUUGCGAGGCAGCGCCCAAGAACGAGACACCAACCCGCCUCCUUCGGCUCGGUAACACGCUCGUACGUCGUAGGGUUUCUGGUUACGAUCCCUGCACCGAAAACUACGCCGAGAAGUAUUACAACCGGCCCGACGUUCAAAAGGCUUUGCAUGCAAAUACGACCGCCGCCAUUCCAUAUAAAUGGACUGCUUGCAGUGAUGUCCUCAUAAAGAACUGGAAGGACUCCCAAGCUUCUAUGCUGCCCACAUACAAGGAGUUGAUUGCAGCUGGGCUUAGAAUUUGGGUGUUCAGUGGAGACACAGAUUCAGUGGUACCAGUGACAGCCACCAGGUUCUCCUUGAACCAUCUCAAUCUCACUGUCAAGACCCCAUGGUAUCCCUGGUACUCCGGCCACCAGGUGGGAGGCUGGACAGAGGUGUAUGAUGGAUUAACCUUUGCCACAGUGAGAGGAGCUGGACAUGAAGUUCCUCUGCUUCAGCCCAAGAGAGCCUUCCUUCUCUUCCAUUCAUUCUUGAAUGGCAAAAAAUUACCUCAGAAACCAUAACCAUGGGAUUGACAAGCAGCUGCAAGCCCUUUUCAGAACUAAAAUGCCCAUUAAAGCUUGUGGAUUGUGACGAGAAAUUAAUAGGAGAUAAGGAUAUCAUUCAUUCAAAUUUGUAAUUGUAACAUCAAAAGAAAACAUUAUUUCAUUUCAUUUUAUCACAAGCAGGAACUGGUCUAAUACUAUUGUAUCCUUUCAAGGAACAACAUUCUCCACUCUUUUA